AAUUGUUUACAAAUAAAUAUCUACAUAAACGUCGAUAAAAGAGUUAAAUCAGUUGUAGAACACAGACGAUUCAAGAACGUCAACAUUUCAGUGGUUUUAACACACGUAAAUAGUUCAACAGUGUCAUAUAUGCGAUAAAAAGAAUUAUUAAUCUUUUAUUCGAGUAUGUUAGUGUUCGUAUGUGUUAAGACUGGACGAUUUGACUUUUACUAGACCUCAAAUAGUGCGACUCACCGCCUUGUCUGACAUUUUUGACGAUGUUAUAGUAGUGAUUAAGGAAAUAAAAUAGUUCUAGUUUAAGUGGUGAUAAAUUCAUUUAAAUUAAGGAUGACUCAGUUACGACUGUUAUUUCUGUUGCUGUUAGUACACGCUACAAUGUCCGCCAAGCAAGAACUACAAACUGUCGUCCAAGGUAACGGUUUAUUUACCAAACAACUCUAUGAUGUUUUGUCCAAAGAAAAAGGCAAUGUAUUUUUCUCGCCUAUCAGCGUUCAUGCCGUGCUUUCCAUGGCGUAUCAGGGCUCAAAGGGCGCCACUCACGAUGCCCUAGCCAAAUCAUUAAACCUUCCUGAUCAUAUCGCAGCUGCAGAAGGAUACUACGAUGUUUUAACCCAACUAAACAACAUUUCUGGAGUCGAACUCGCCUUAGCCAACAAAAUUUACAUCAAAGACAGCCUCACCCCUAAAGCUAGCUUUAGAGAAGUCAUAGAAAAGAAAUUCUUAUCUGGCAUCGAACCAAUCAAGUUUACGGAGUCAGAAAAAGCCGCGAAAACAAUCAAUACAUGGGUGGAACAGAAGACCAAAGAUAAAAUCAAGAAUCUGAUUAAUCCGGGAGACUUAGACGAUUCUACGGCAUUGAUUUUGUUGAACGCUAUCUACUUUAAAGGUAAUUGGGGUUUGAAGUUUAACAAAGAUGCUACAGAAAAGGAUAAAUUCUAUGUGAACGAUAACGACUCGAUUGAAGUCGAUAUGAUGUCUAAUAAGGGCAAAUUUAACUACAAGGAGGACCAGAAUUUGGACGCCAAGGUGUUGGAAUUGCCCUACAAGAAUCCCGAUGUCAGUAUGAUUAUAAUUUUGCCGAAUAAAAGGAACGGUAUUGCUGAGUUGGAGGCAAAGUUAGUGGGGGUGGAUUUGACAAAGAUUACCGAGAAUAUGUUCAGGCCUGAGGUGGUAGUGCGCUUGCCCAAGUUUAAAAUCGAGACUACGAUUGAGUUGAACGAACCUCUUAAAAAGCUUGGUCUUGGAGUACUUUUUGGACAAAAAGCUGAUUUUUCUGAAAUGUUGGAAUCUGCAGAACCGUUGGCCGUCAGUAAAGUAGUUCAAAAAGCAUUUAUUGAGGUCAAUGAGGAAGGCACAGAAGCUGCAGCUGCUACAAAUAUAAAAAUCAUGGCCAGAAUGGCACCGUCUCGGAAAAAACGCAAACACCAAUUCGAAGCUAACAGACCGUUUGUUUUUUUUAUAGCGAAAAAAAUAAGAAUUCUGAAACACAGAAGAUCUAGGGUUAGAUUACCUCUAAUGUUGGGCAAAAUAAAUUUUAUACCUCAUAAAACUCCAAAAUUAGACUCAUAACAAAACGUUUAUACUAUGAUUUAAUUAAUUUAUUAUUGUUAUACAGGGUGGUAGAAUAUAAUUUUACCGCAUUAUAAAAAGUCUGACAUAGUUUAGUAUUUUUUGUUUCAUUUUUUUUUAGUGUUUUGGAACAGUUAGAAUAAGUUUCUAUCCUCUUUGUACUAUAAAGAAUAAGAAACAAGCGCUCUGUAUAAUUGUACAGGGCGAUUUGUAUUUAGCUUAGUAGAAUAUAUACAGGGUGGCCUGGUUUUUAGUACAUAAAAUAACCUCAAAAAAGCCCAACAAAUCCGCAAAACAUUAUGUCGAAUUUUUUAUAAAAUGUCUAAUUUUUUGGUUUCGAAAAUUUGUUUUUUCUAUCGACUAUUAAAGUGCUGCUACUAAAAACCGGUUUACCCUGUAUAAUAUUAAAAGGUAACUGCAUGGAUAGAUAAGACAUUUUUAAAGGCACACG